GGGAGGUUCAGGACCCCCGAAUGUUAUUAUGCAAUAGGAGGCAGCUGUAUAUAAAGCCAGGAGGACGUUGAAGAGUGGAAUUUCUGUGAGGCAGCGCUUCUUUUUGCACCAAGAAUGCUGAGGUUCAUUGUGGCUCUUUGCCUUCUGGCGCUGUGCUGGGCACAGGAUUGCAAGGUAGAGAAUUUCCAGGUCAAGCAGGACUUCGACAAAACCAGGUACACAGGGACUUGGUAUGCUGUAGGAAAGAAGGACCCAGAGGGUUUGUUCUUACUUGACAAUGUUGUAGCCCAGUUUAACAUUGAGGACGAUGGCAGAAUGACCGCUACUGCAAAGGGCAGAGUCAUCAUCCUCAACAACUGGGAAAUGUGUGCUCACAUGUUUGGUACCUUUGAGGAUACUCCUGAUCCUGCCAAGUUUAGGAUGAGGUACUGGGGAGCUGCUUCAUACCUGCAAACAGGAUAUGACGAACACUGGGUUAUUGACACUGACUAUGACAACUACGCCAUCCACUACUCCUGCAGACUGCUCGACGAGGAUGGCACAUGCUUGGAUAGCUACUCUUUCGUCUUCUCGCGUCACCCGGACGGCCUGAGGCCAGAGGACCAGGCCAUCAUCACGCAGAAGAAGAUGGACCUUUGUCUUUUGGGGAAAUACAGACGUGUUACACACAAUGGGUUCUGUGAGAACAGUGGGAAUGCAGAGGUGUCUCAGUGACACUUUUCUUGAUGCUCCUAUUUUCCUUUCUGCCAGUUUCGGAUUGAAUCCCGUCUCCUUCUAAACCCUCCCGUCUUAGCUUCUCUCACAAGAGAGAAAGUAGAAACUCCAAACUUUCUCAAACUCCAAACGUCCACAUUCACCAUUGUUCAGGGUCAGCUUUCGUCUCCCCAGAUUUCAACGUUAUCUUCAAGAUCUUUUGGAUUUUUUGUUUUUCUGAACAUUGGAACAGCCUUUUGUUUGAUCACUGCCUCAUAAAGCAGUGUUAUAAAUUAUCACAUGUGGAAAUCUUUUCUAACAACUUCACAGAAAAGGCUUUUAUACAGAGGCAGUGGGCAAGUACAUAUUUUUUUAAAAUUGUAAUAUCCAGUAGGUGUGACAUAUACUGUAUCGGAUCAGUAGUAGCUUUGUUGUUUGUUAAUCUUGACUAAUGUGGACUUCUUUAUCCAGUUUUGAAAAUAAAAUAUUCCAACAUUU